ACGAAGAAGAGGUGCUACAGGGCGGCGCUGCUCCUAAUCAUACUGCUGCCCAUGGAACAGGUCAGCGGAGUGGUGCUCGAGGACAUCAUCAUGAAGUGGUCACAGUACAAGCAAGAAUGCCUGAAAAGACUGGAACAACAAAGGAUGCUGCUGACUGGAAUUUACUGUAAUGGGACGUUCGAUCAAUUUGUUUGUUGGCCGUUUUCUUACCCUGGAAAUAUCUCUGUUCCUUGUCCAUGGUACCUGCCUAACAUUCAAGAAGGCAGCGCUGGCUACACGCACCGAUACUGCACCGCGCAGGGCGUCUGGCAGAGGAAAGAGAACUCUACAGAUAUCUGGCGGGACAACACCGAAUGCUACAGCAGUAAACACUUCGAACAGAAUAAUAAGGCGCAUGCCCUCCUGUUACUGCUGAGGAUCUGCUACACUGUGGGGUACUCCAUAUCACUUGGGACCCUCGUCCUCGCACUCUGCAUCCUCCUCACAUUCAGGAAGCUCCACUGCACCCGGAAUUACAUCCACAUGAACCUCUUCGGCUCCUUUAUUAUGAGGGCUCUCGCCGUCCUGAUUAAAGACAUGCAGAAUACGGACUUGACACCGAAAAUGGCGCGGAAUGAAGACGACUGGUUGUCGGCCCUGACGCCACAGGUGCCCACCUCCUGCAGGAUCGUCCACGUCUCCCUGCACUUCUUUGUGGGUGCGAAUUCUUUCUGGCUGCUGGUGGAGGGGAUCUACCUGCACACGACCAUCGUCUCCCUGGUUCUGUGCGAGAGGAGGAUGCUGCUGAGGUACAUGGCCAUCGGCUGGGUGUGCCCCCUACUGUUCAUCAUACCCUGGGUGAUAGCCCGAGUCUAUCUGGAAAAUGACGGAUGCUGGGGCGUAAACCAGAAUACUGCAAUCUGGUACAUUAUUAAAGGGCCCAUGCUCCUCUGCACGUUUAUAAACUUUAUUGUGCACAUCAAGAUCCUGAAUCUUCUACAUCUGAAGCUGAAGGCGCAGCAGCUGAAGUUUACAGACUACAAAUACAGGCUUGCCAAAGCGACGCUCAUCCUCAUCCCGCUCCUGGGGACUCACGAGGUCUUGUUCACCUUCAUCAGUGAUGAGCACAUCAAGGGUUUGACCAAGCAUGUUCUGCUCUUCAUCCAGCUGACCCUGAGCUCCAUCCAGGGCUUUGUGGUUGCCUAUUUAUACUGCUUUACUAAUGGAGAGGUGAAAGCCGAGCUCCGGAAACAGUGGAACCUCUUCCUUCUCCAGUAUUUUCCAUGUAAAAGUUGUUUUUUUCGUAAUAAAGUAAAAUACAAAACUCAAGUAGCAAAAAAGACGAAGAGUAAAUUCUUUGCAGACAGAGGGAAUAGCCAGGAUGGUAAGAAGAACAGCAAUGUGCAGCUCCUACAAGCAACAGUCAACACCUCCUCCGACCUGGGCCUCGAGAACAAUGCCCCAGUGCAGUAUUUUUCCAGGAGGAGUGUUUCGGAGAGCAGCGAUGGGGGUUUGACUUUGGGGGAAACAAUAGAGGAGACUGUAGAAAUAAGUGAAAUUUAAGAUUAUUGUAGGAUGGAGUCGUAGCUGAGGUGGCCCAAAGGACAAUCUUUGGAAGUUUUCAACAGUUUACAAAAUUUCACCAGGAAAAAUAAGAGCUUGUGAAUAGAAGAUGGACCAUGGUUUAGAAGAACAAGGAGAACAUCUUCUGUUUAUCCACUGGAGGAGCAACUAUUUCUUUGUGGCACCCUGUCUUCACUAUUCAGUUAUCUCACCAUGUGACAUAAUGAAUGUAAUAUACUAUAUAUGACCUGAUCGUCCUAGUGGAGAGAUCUACUGGCUUGGUGGGUCAUUAUGUGGUCAUGAACAUCAAAAAAAUCCCUAUAGAGUCCUACAGAAAAUUAAGGUUGUUCUAUUUCUCGUCCGCUACCCAUUGUAACUUUUGAAGACUGAGAUUGAGAAGGAUUAAGAUGUUCUGUAGACUUUUAGCAAACCCUCUUGAUGUUCUUUGCAAUAUGAUGACCCAUUUAAGAUGUCACAGAUACCACCAAAUGUCAGUAGAAUUACAAUGAAAAUUAAUGUAUCACAUAAGAGAGACUAUUGACUUAUGAUGCAUGACUUCUUCAAUGCCUUCAACUCACUGUUUGUGAUGCUUCUACCACCGUCAUGAGUCAGGACCCAGCGUCUUUAUAACACAUGGUAGAGAAAUCCACGUCUUACGGGUUCCAGACCAACGUCAAAUUAUUUUGGUCUCCAUUCUGAUGAUUGAGCACCAGGAUUUUGGGUGGUUGUAUGAUCAAUGGUUUGCCAAAUUCUCGAAGCUAUGGCUGGUGGAAUCAAUAUUUGGUCUGGAACUAGUUUCAAUGUACUCAGAUAAGACCAUGAUGACCUCAUAAGGCUCAAUGAGAACUGCUGGUCCCUGACAUGGUGCUCAAUGUCUUGUGUGGGUGGUUUAACCCUGUUUUAUGGAAAAUAUGUUGGCUUUCGAUGCAAAAUGCCUGUAUAUGUGUCCCACAGCACCUCAACCCCAACUCAUACCAAAAUGGCCUCACAUCGGAAGCCUUCUUGACAAAUAAGCCACCAGCUCUGAUAGUACUGCUAUGACCACUAUAUGUUGAUGACCUACAUAUAGGAUAGGUCAUGAAUAUGAGAUGGGUGGGAUCUGACCCUCGACACCCCCACUAGUCAGCAGAAGCAACAGCUUCUAGAAGUAAACAGAGUAUGGAGCCGGUACACCAACAGUAGUGGCUGUUCCUGGAUACUACAGCUGAUGCUACAAGUCUAUGGUAGAGGAGCAUCAACUGCAGUACCAAGAGCGGCCACUAAAUGCCAUAUGGCUCUAUAGUGCUCCAGCUCUGCACAGUGUUUACUUCUGGAACUCGUGGACAGCUGGUUGUGGGGGUCCCAGUUGUCGGACCCCCACUAAUCUCAUACCGAUGACUUAUUUUAUGGAUAGAUCUUCACCAUGUUAGUCACAGAAAACCCUUUAAGGCAGCAUUACAUUGCGUCACAUUGAUCUCUAUGGUACUGUUAUGUUGACAUCUUAUAGCUGUUUAAUGUCGUAAAUGCUGUAUAUGGUACUGUUCUCUAGUCACCUCCUGGCAGUAUUGUGUGGGCCCUAUACGGUACUGUUAUGUUUACAUCUUAUAGCAGUAUAGCUACAGCAGAUAAUCAUGGUAUGGCACUGCUUAUCUUGUCAAUAUAUGACUCUAAGGCACCCCGCAGUAUUAUUACAUGAGUACUGUAUGAUACUGUUAAAUAGGCAUCUUGUGGCAGUAUUUCGUCACCGUAUGCUACUGGUAUAUUAACACCAAAUGACAAUAUUGUAUGUCUACUGAAUGGCACUUUUAUGUAAGUAUUGCAAGGUUAUUGUAUGUUAGUGUUAUGCUGACACUUUAGGGCACUAUUAUGUGAAUACUGUAUGGUACUAUUCUGUUCUGCAGGCACCUUUAUGGCAGUAUUGUAUGAGAGCGUCAUGGUGUUAUAGAAACUGGUACUGCUAUGUAAAUACAUUAUAACACUUCUAUGUGGGUACUAUAUAGCACUGUUAUGUGGACACCUAAAUGGCAGUAAUAUUAGGUACACCCAAAACCAGCAGGGGGCAGCGGCCUAAGAGCUAACGGAAAACCAGCAGACAAACCAAAUAUCCACCAGAAGCCUUCAGUAUUGUAUUAGUCAGCUCUGCUGAAUCUUACCGAAAACUGGGGUUUCCGCACCAUUGAGCUGGUAGAACUUGAACCAUAUGUGACAUUUGUAUUAACCUGUAAUAUAAACCAGUUAUUAAUAUGUAAAUAU